AUGGCGCCGCUCGGCCAGACGAUCGCCGUGAUUGAUAAGUCCGGCAAGGUUGUCAGCACGAGCAAACAACUAUUCGGUGUCUUCAGUCAGGCCAAAGCUGCCUACAAGGAACGCAAGUCGCAGUUUGACACCGAGCGAAAUGCCAAACUUGCGGAGGAGCAGGCCCUCCAGGCACUUGCUCAUUACAAGAUCGACGACUCAAAGUCAGUAGGCUCACGACGAAGUCGCCGCACCAAGUCGCAAUACCAUGCCAGUCGCAGUGCUCAUCGCGGCCGUUCCUCCUCUCACUAUGAGCAGGACUUGCAAUCUGCUUCUGGCCGAGAGUCCCAGUAUGAGGCUCCGGCGGGGAUUCCCCGCCGGCAUACUCACCACGAUAUCACUGUCCGAGAACCCGAAGCUCGCCAGAUGACUUCUCGGUCCAAAUCAGAUGCCCACAUCGACAUGGACCUUGCGUAUGGAGAAGCUCACCCCGCUGCUUUAUCGAAAUACAGUCCUCCUGACCCUGACGACCAAAAACAGCUCGAUGGGCUGGUGAAUCGUGCACAGUGGCUUCUGGAAGAAGCCCACUGCGUCCAACACAGCGCAACGGCCACCAUUUCCCAUCUUCAGAAGAACCCCGAUGCAAUGGCCGCCGUCGCUCUUACGCUAGCGGAGAUCAGCAACCUUGCCAGCAAAAUGGCACCAGCCGCGCUAUCCGCGCUGAAAUCUGCAGCCCCCGCAGUUUUCGCCCUCCUAUCAAGCCCGCAGUUCCUUAUCGCUGCUGGUGUCGGCCUCGGAGUUACAGUCGUCAUGUUCGGGGGAUACAAGAUCAUCAAGAAGAUCCAGGCUGCUGGCUCCGGUGGUGAGAAGCAAGAACAAUUAAAUGGCAUGGACGACAUGAUGGAGCUCAACGUGGAAAGACUGAGUCACGUUGAGAUGUGGCGACGUGGUGUCGCCGAUAUUGAAGCCCACAGCGUGGGAACCUCGGUGGAUGGCGAGUUCAUCACACCCACGGCAGCAGCGAUGUCGGGCAUCGAUGUCACGACCGCUCGCAUGCAGCGGGAUCCUCGCUUCAAAUUCGAAGACGACGGAUCUGUUGCAUCAUCUCGUCGCUCCAGUCGCUCACGUACUUCCCGUACCCACACUCGUGCCCGUUCGACCGGGCAAUCCAAGAUAGACUACGAGGCCACAUCCAGGGCUCCUUCUGGAUUCUUCUCCAGGACUUCGAAGGCACCACCGAGAUCUUCCAGCCGGGUGCAUAGCAAAGCUUCGAGCACGGCACCCUCCAAGUCUGGCAGCUAUGUCUCCGAAAAAGAGAAAAGACCCAAGGAGAAGAAGAAGAAAGGCCCGAGUCGCCUACGACUUAUGUUUACCGCUUAA